AUGAUUGCAGCCGCUGGCGUCGGCCUUGAUCGCCCAGACAUGCAAUCGGUGGCCACCCGUAUCGAUGGCGACUCCGGCUAUCCAUCACGGCCCCCUACAUCCCUCUCCGGAAAUGUAGCGACCAUGGACCGUCCCAACGCUGCCGAUGCUCCCUACGGCCAGACCCAACGCAAGCUCGAACGAAUGCACAGCAAAUCGCGGCGCGACCAUACCCCCCAUCACUCGCACUCGUCUCGCCAUCACAAGGACGAGCAGAAGACUGUUGGCGAGUAUGCGCUACAUGUGUUGUUCACUUCGUUUAUUGCACAAGCAGAAGAAAAGUUGACGGAAUGUGUGACGGUUCCUCUCGACCCCGAACCAAACGUUGAACAAGUAUGCGGCCCCGGCGUCGACCCGGCAUUCGAUCAAUUGAUUGUCGCUUUAGGCCAUAUCGCUAGCCCGAAGCCAAAAGCAUUAAUAGACUCCAUGAUGCUCUGGAGAAAAAGCAAAAGUGAUGCCGCCAAUGAAGCCCGCAGUCAUCUUCAACAAUCUCGGAAUGCGAUGCCAGGAGGAGCGCCCCUUCUUCGAAGAAACACGGAACCAGUGCAGGCUGGAAUACCGGGCCAAGGAGGUCCCGAUGCCGCAUUUCCUAAUGGCCCGCCCACUCUCGCAGCAAGACAAGAAUUUGUGGCACAAGCUGAGCGUCGGUCAACCGUGUCUAUAUAUAUUCUUUGCCGUGUCCUCCUUGAAGUCAUCAGUCAAAGCAACCUUCCUUCGAUCACUCCCGAAAUGGAAGAGAAGCUGGAAAACAUCAUUUUUGGACAACUCAAGAUUGCUGAUACAGAGCAAUUGAUGAUGUCACCGCUCAAGCUUGCCAAUUGGAAUCUCUUUGCCCAACUCCUGGGUCAUAUGAGUGGUAUUAAUUUUACCGGAGUUACUAAGAGGUUCAUUGAAGACCUGGAAGGCUCUCUUCAGGCACGAGAACGCGUGGUGAAGAGCCCUACCACAUCGUCGCACCCUGGCCGAGACGUCGAGGGGAAGGUAGAGCUUGUGUUAGGAGGCAUGAAACAUCUGAAGCUCAAGAUCUCACCUGAAGAAUCCUGGGAACAAUGUUGUGAUUUUCUCAUCUCCCUCGGUCGUCUCUUCCAAAAGUCACAUGGACAAAAGAUUAAGACAGCCUUUUGCCAGGUGAUAGAGAUGCUUCUUCUCCCGAUUGCAGCAAAGGCAAGCAAUAGCCAUUUCAUGCAUCCAAAAUGGGCAGAAGUGCUUGCUGCUGUUGGACCUCGGUUGGCUCAGAUGUUCAUGAAACCUAGACAUUGGAAUUUCGCAUUUCCACUUACCGCUACACUUCUUUGUGUUUCUUCUCCCGACAAUUUUGGUUCUCAGUGGUUGCAACUGAUACUACCUCUGCAGGCCAAGAUCAAGGAUCGGGCCACUAAGCCUCUCUGCCUUCAAGUCAUCUCUCGUUUGCUGUGGACGUUCUUGUACCGCACUAAUGAGACAUUUCAAAGCAGUCUACGCAAGAUUGAUGAGGUCAUGAAACUUGUUUUGCCAUCAUCCAAGCGAAGCCUGGUUGCUUCUGACACUGCUUGCACCGAACCUUUGAUCCAAAUUAUUCGGAUUGUUGGCUUCAAGUAUCCUGAAUAUUGUUUCAGGAAUGUGGUGUUUCCUCUCAUCAAUGCUGAGUUGUUUAUUUCUAAUAAAGAACUGAAGGUUGAGCAGCUGGAUCCUGAUAGAGUUGUGGUGGGCAUCAGAGCCUUCCUCUACAUCAUGUCAGAUCUAGAAAAUGGUGAACAAGGAAGGCCGCCAUUCCCUCAGUCUUUUGGAACCCCAAAUCACAAUUCGCUGCCUGACCGAUUUCCUGUCUCUCCAGCUAUCUCUUCUCCUCGCAACCUUCCUCUGUCUCAGCCAGCAACAGCUUCGAAAGAAGAGUAUAUAUCUCGUCCUGUAUUGACACAUGUUCUGAGUGACGGAGUCCGGGAAUUCUACGUCAAAUUCUGUGAGAUUCUAGGCAAGAUCACUAUUAUUUGCGACAACACUUUUGGAGGCCAAGCGGCACUGGAUGAGAAGUUCAGCAGCCCUCUGCCGAAAACACCCAUCACAGAGACCUUCACCUUCUCCCGUAAAGACGAUCACCAAAAUGCUGCAGACCAGAAACAGGCGUUCUACGAACUUCUUCAUGUAGCCGUUCAAGCGUUGCCUCGCUGCCUCUCUGUCGACAUCCCCUUCAAUUCCUUAAUCAAUUUAUUGUGUACUGGCACGGCACAUGUGCAGUACAACAUUGCUGAGUCGUCAGCCAAUUCUUUGAAGGCUAUCGCCCGGCAAUCGCACGCUCAGCAGGUUACUAUGGGGUUUGCCCGAUUUAUUUUCAAUUUUGACGAUCGGUACUCGACAAUGUCCGAUGGCGGAAUGCUUGGCCAUAGCCACAUCGAGAACACCUUGCGUUUAUACGUGGAGUUGUUGCAAAUAUGGAUUGAAGAGAUUAGACAAAAGACCAGAGACGCCGCUACAGACGAACCGGAAGCAAACGCCUCAGAUAAACGAGCCAUAAAACUUGAUCUUUCUAGCAUAUGGGCAGAGGUAGACCAAGCAGAAGCUCAUGGGUUGUUCUUCCUUUGUUCACAAUCACGCCGUGUUCGCCACUUUGCGGUCACCGUUCUUCGUUUAAUUGUUGAGUUCGAUAAGGCCCUCCGAAAAGAAUCAGCCGAAGACAAGGACUCCAUAAGACUCAUUGAUAUCCUUGAGAGGGAAUCUAGCAAGGUCAUGGACUUCAACGACGAGCAGCUCUCUGUUGCCGAACGAAGCCGAUUACAACGAGGCCUGCAAAACACCAACAACCAGGGCCCCCUUGUUGAGCUUUGCGCUAGUGAUGUCUCGUAUGACACAACUCUAUGGUUCAAGAUCUUCCCCAAACUCAUUCGGAUGGCCUACGAGAAGUGCCCGUUCACAGUCACCAUAUGUCGUGAUCUUAUCUGCAAUCGCAUUCUGCAAAUGUACAAACCGAUCGUGUACCUGUCCGAACCUUCACGAGGCCUCUACUACAACAAUGAGACCGGUAGUGCUCGGCUUGGGGCAAGAUCUGCAACAACCCAACCUGAAGUAAUGGUGGAGCAAUGGAAGCUGUACUUGAUAUUUGCUUGUACGACGCUCGCCGAUCCAGGUGCUUUGCCCACGCCGCAAGAUCCUCAGCAUGUCCGAAUGGCCUCCAAGGCAUCUUCCAAGGAUAAGAUCGUGACGGCUCGGAUGCUGUUCAAGUACCUAAUCCCUCUACUGUCUGUGUCGUCCGCAUCUGUACGAGACGCUGUUGUCGUUGCCAUGGGUUCUAUCAACAUUCAUAUCUAUCGAACAUUGCUCGAGGAACUGCAAGGCCAGGUUUCUCGAUGCAACGACGAGGCACGAGCUCGGAUACACCAAAGGACGAACAGUAACCCCAGAAGGAACAGGAAAAUGGAUCUUCUUAGAACUGAGAUCACGCACGUUUUCAAGCUCACCUCCCAUUUUCUCAGUGAGCCGGAGGUUUAUAAUAACGAGUUUUUCUUGACUACUCUUACCACAUAUACAAAGGACCUGAAGUUAUUCCUCAUGGAUGGGGAGGUUCAAAUGGACUGGGAAUUCCAGAAACUCCGACGUCAUUACUGUGGUCUUAUGGAAGCACUCUUCGAAGGCAUCAAUAGAACCAAAGAUCCGUCCCGGUGGAUGACGUUCGAGUCUCGCAAGUCGGCAUUUUCGCUCAUGGAAGACUGGUGUGGUUUUUCACCGAAUCAAAACCAGAUUCGCGUCCGUGAAGAUACCAUGCGCCAAUCGCUGAUCGACCAGCAGACGUUGGGUGAGCGAGGCACUGCCACCGCUGCAAUGGAGAUCGAGAAGAGGAAUCUCCGCACUGCAGCCCUCAGUGCUAUGGCCGCUUUGUGUGGUGGUCCUAUUAGUGUCACAACCGAGAGCAAUGUCGUCCUUCAAUUCGACGUUCGACGCAUGCUUGCUUGGAUAGACUCCAUUUUCAACUCUGGAAGUGACAAGAUGAACGUCAUUGGCAGAAGGGCUUUGCAAAACUUGAUCAUCCACAAUCGAGAGGUCCCUUACUUGAUGGAGCAUUGCAUUAUGCGAUGUUACUUGGCAGAGGUACCUAAGGUGCUGGAAAGUUACUUCACCGUUGUCACACAAGUCUUGCAGGAACAUAUUGACUAUCCUUGUCCCUUCUGGAAGCUACUUGGCCUCUGCCUUUUCACCCUUGGCAAUGACCAAAGCGAGAUUCGAUCGAAAUCUGCAGCUGUUUUACGUUGCCUGGAAGUGAGGCAACAGAGAAACUCAAAGAUCCAGGACUUCGACAUCAGCAUUUCCGAUAAAACACAGGCUGUCUACAAGCUAGCACAAUUCGAGAUCUCUACCCGUCUUGCCAAGCAACACACAGAGUUAGCCUUCCACAUCUUCUCCGAAUUCACCCUCUACUUUAAGGAGCUGCAGCCUGCGGCCCAACGAAAUGUUGUUGCAGUCAUGCUGCCCUGGAUCCAGUCCAUAGAGUUGAAGCUGGAUCCAAGCGGUGGACCAGCAGCACCAUCUUUCGUGCUUCUUGCAAACCUCCUUGAGAUCACUAUAAAGUCUAGCGGAGCACUACACAACGAAGUACAAGCUCUUUGGCAAGCUCUUGCAACAGGGCCUUAUCCAGGGAAUGUCCGCCUAGUCCUCGAAUUCAUCAUGCAGCUGUGUCUCGAGCGACGAGAACAGAACUUUGUCGAGUACGCCAAGCAGAUUGUCGUGUUCCUUUCAACAACGAACAGCACGCCUGGCAUCAAAGUCGUUGAAUUCCUCCUUAUGCAAAUAACUCCCAAAGCAAUGGUACCGAACGAAAAGCGAGAUGCGGUAGAGCCGCCAGCUGAUAUCAAUCUUUUGCCAUACUGUGCCGAUUUAGCUGAGGCUCUGCCAGUUGGGACCAAGCAAGCAGGUUUCUCUCUUGGUCAAUUAUCCCUGAUCCUUCUCGUGGACUUGAUGGUAUCACCCGUUCACCUCACCCAGGAGAACGUCCCGCUUCUUCUUCAGGUUGUCACCGUUCUAUGGGAUCACUACACGCCGCUGGUUCAGGAGCAGGCGCGAGAGAUGCUGGUGCACCUUAUUCACGAAGUAGUGAUCUCUCAGAUUGACGAUCAAACCCAGGACGUUGAUAAGAAAGCUAUCGAGGAUCUGAUAGACUUAGUCCGUCGGCACGAUCGAUCCGUCGUUUGGGGGUAUGAAGAUAGCAACGGCAAGGUGGAUGAUCAUGACAGCAAAGUGCCACCAAGCAUGGAAUUCCUCACAGCCGAGGUCAUCAAGACCUUUGAAAUAACAUUCCCGGGAAUUAAAGAACAUUGGGGACGACUUUCGUUGACUUGGGCCACAUCUUGUCCUGUUCGACACCUUGCCUGUCGAUCAUUCCAGAUUUUCAGAUGUGUUCUUACAUCUGUUGACCAGGCCAUGCUUGGAGACAUGCUUGCUCGAUUGUCCAACACGAUUGCGGACGAGGACCCAGAAAUCCAGUCCUUCUCAAUGGAAAUCUUGACAACCCUGAAGACUAUUAUUGUCAAGCUUGAAGCUGAUGACCUCCUCAGCUUCCCACAAUUAUUCUGGACCACAUGUGCUUGUCUAGAAUCUAUCAACGAACGGGAAUUUCUGGAAGCUGUUGAGAUGCUCAAUAAAUUCCUCACCAAGCUGGAUCUGAGCUCACCUAAUGUGCGCCGAAUACUUGCUGACGGUCAACCAUCUCGAUGGGAGGGGAUCUUCGAAGGUAUACAGCCUCUACUCCACAAGGGUCUGAGGUCGUCACUUUGCUGGCAGCCCACCCUCGACACGAUAGACAAGUUGGUUCUACUACCCAGCGACGGGCUAGUCGGAGAUGAUAGGCGUCUGUUCUUCUCGCUACUUGCCAAUUUCCCCCGAUUUCUGAAUGAGCUCGAAAAGCCCAUUCCAGACGACAGUGUUGUGCAGACAUCAAGACUGCUUCAGGAAGAAGCGGACAAUCAGGGUUUGGGCCUUAUUGCCGAAGCCCUGGAUGACUUUGCUAUGGGAAAUACCCAGGAUAGCAGCAAAGACUUCCUCAUCGAGUUGUGGGCAGCUUUGCGAGAAUACUACCUCCCUCAAAUGGAUUUCCAGAUGGUCACCUUUUUGCUCGGCCUUCUCACAAAUUCCCUGUCUUGGGUCAAGAUUCAGACAAUGAGAAUCCUUUGUGUGGCAAUUCCUGAAGUUGACAUGCGCAAGCCGGAGCUUGCUGGGCACGGAUCUGACCUGAUCUCGCCGCUGCUCCGAUUGUUGCAGACAGAAUUCUGCAUGGAGGCGCUAGAGGUAUUGGACAACAUCAUGACCAUGUCUGGCAAUCACAUGGACAAGCAUCACCUCAGAAUGAGUAUGACGCGCCCGACCUCGAAGGCAAUUCGAAAGGAAUAUGAGCGUACGCAAAGUCUCUUUGGAAUUCCUGAAGCAUCAGGAUGGGCCAUUCCUGUACCUGCAAAGAAGACAGAUGCUACGCGAGCCAAUAUUCAUGCCGCAUUCUACACCUGUCAGGGCUCAGAGGGCAUGCUUACCGAGACCGCCCCGACGCCGGAUGUUGAGUUCCAUGCCGACGACUUCCCUUACAACUACUUUGGUGCACCAGAGCGAACCGAAACCAUGCUAUCGGACGAGGGCCGUGGCGAUGUCCACGCAGCUGAUCUGGCAACUAAACUGGACAGUCUUGACGACUUCUUCGACGAGCCGUCAAGCCCUGCGACCGAUGACGAUGGCCGGUCUUCAAGGACGAUCACCGAAUACACACCAGAAUCAUUCGAGACUGGAGCAGAGCUUUACGAUGAACAGAUCCUGCCCAUCCUUCACGAAGCGUCAAACAAUACAUCUUUCCAGAAUGGGUUUGCCGACCGGUCUCCAGGGCUCUCGAGAGAAGCAAGCUCAAAUACCAUGACACCGGGUGCCUUUAGUGUGAUUAUUCCCCCAGCGCGACCGGGACUUCAUUCUAGAUCCAUCACGUCCCCUUCUGCGCCAGCUUCUUAUCAACCACAAAUGGGCGAAAUCGUGUCCGAUGAUGAAUAUCUUGGAGGUUACUCAGACGCCGACGAUGAGCGACCUGGUACAGGACAUACCGAGGGUGCUUUCUACCUGGAAAACAUGAUCAAGCCUGUUACUCGAAGCAAGACCAGCAAGAAGGCCCCCAAACCUUCAAAGUUGAUAUACCCUGAAGCACCCAGUAAAGAACAUUCCGAUCUCGCAACAUUUCUAUCAUAUGUGGAACGGACCAGCUUGAACAAAAACUCAACUGUCUAUCGGGGCACACACUACGAAUACAUAGUCGCCGACACACUCUCACAAUAUGGCUUCCUCCUCAAGCGCGUUGGCGGCCAAUCAGAUCGAGGCAUGGACCUCUUAGGCAUAUGGACGCUGCCUUCAACGUCGCAUACAUUCAAAGUGAUCCUUCAGUGCAAAGCUGGUGCUCGAAGCGCAAGCCCAAUGUACAUUCGCGAACUCAAGGGCGCUUUGGCAGCAGCGCCUCCAGGCUGGCGAGGCACUGACGUACUGGGCCUACUAGUAGGAGAAAAACCAGCUACGAAAGGUGUACAGAAAGAGAUGCACACUGCCGAUGUGGCUCUUGGGUAUGUGUGUUGCACGAAAGAGGGCGAAGUGGCGCAGCUGCUAUGGAACCUGAAAGCUCAGGAGAUGGGACUGGAUGGAGUGUCAGUGGGUAUCAAGUAUGGGGAGGACAAGAACCAGCUUGUGUUGUUUCGUGGCGGAGGAAUGCUCCCGCUGUUGCAGAAAGUGGAAACAAAGGAGGAAAACGUGGUGGACGUGUCUGUGCUUGAGGCUGAAAAGGGAGCUGUUUGA